AUGGCCCUGAACCCAGCUGUCUGCGGUUGCAGUGCGGGCCUUCUCUCCCUCAAGCAGACAGCCAUACAGCAGCAGAUCAACCCGUUCACCAACUUGCCCCACACAGCGUGCUACUAUGAGAUCCUGAAGAAGAAGCUGCAGCUGCCCGUGUGGGAGUACAAGGAGCGUUUCUAAGACGUCCUGGCACGCCACCAGAGCUUCGUGCUCGUCAGAGAAACGGGCUCCGGCAAGACCACACAGGUAAGCAGGGCAAGGGGUAGAUGCGGGCAUGGGGGGUACACACACGCACUCACUCAAUCUCUUACUUAGUUACUUACUAAGGCUCAAUCACAAUACCCCCCCCCCCCCCCCCCCCCCUUAGCCCUCUCCCUCCGUUUUGCACGAUCAUGCAUCGAAGUGGUGUUCCAAUUCAACGAGGGGUAGUGCCUUUUCAGCCCUCUAGUUGGCCCUCCAAACGAAGCAAAUUGACAUGCAGACUACCUAUCGAGUGGUUAUCAAAACUUCCAUAAAGCUUGGCAACCCAAAUUGCUUCAGAAAGAUGGCUGCCAAAAAUAUUAGGAUGGUAGCAAAUGUAAAUAAUUAGAACUUCAUGACGAAUCAUUCAAAAAAAAAGUACAGUUAAGAGGAAUAUGUUGGUUAAUGUAGCUAGAGAAAAACGAUGAUGCAUAUUUUUGGGUCAUAAAGUUAAUUUACGAAAGUCGCUAUUUAAAGCUGCAAUAUGUAACUUUUUGGGCGACCCAACCAAAUUCACAUAGAAAUGUGAGUUAUACAGUGCAUUCGGAAAGUAUUCAGACCCCUUCCCUUUUUCUACAUUUUGUUACGUUACAGCCUUAUUCUAAAAUGGAUUCAAUAAUUUUUUUCCCUCAUCAAUCUACAAACAAUACCCCAUAAUGACAAAAGAGAAAACAGGUUUUUAGAAAUGUUUGCAAAUGUAUUAAAAAUACCUUAUUUACAUACACUACCGGUCAAAUGUUUUAGAACACCUACUCAUUCAAGGGUUUUUCUUUAUUUUUUACUAUUUUCUACAUUGUAGAAUAAUAGUGAAGACAUCAAAACUAUGAUAUAACACAUAUGGAAUCAUGUAGUAACCAAAUAAAUAUGUUCAGAAAAUCAAAAUAUAUUUUAUAUUUGAGAUUCUUCAAAUAGCCACCCUUUGCCUUGAUGACAGCUUUGCACACUCUUGGCAUUCUCUCAACCAGCUUCAUGAGGUAGUCACCUGGAAUGCAUUUCAAUUAACAGGUGUACCUUCUUAAAAGUUAAUUUGUGGAAUUUCUUUCCUUCUUAAUGCAUUUGAGCCAAUCAGUUGUGUUGUGACAAGGUAGGGGGGGGGUAUACAGAAGAUAGCCCUAUUUGGUCAAAGACCAAGUCCAUAUUAUGGUAAGAACAGCUCAAAUAAGCAAAGAGAAAUGACAGUCCAUCAUUACUUUUUAGACAUGAAGGUCAGUCAAUACUGAACAUUUCAAGAACUAAAGUUUCUUCAAGUGCAGUCGCAAAAACCAUCAAGGACAGGAAUGGAAGACCUGUAAAGGAUAAGUUCAUUAGAGUUACCAGCCUCAGAAAUUGCAGCCAAAAUAAAUUAUUCACAAGGAUGAUCUCUGUUUCCAUUGAUCAUCCUUGAGAUGUUUCUACAACUUGAUUGGAGUCCACCUGUGGUAAAUUCAACUGAUUGGACAUGAUUUGGAAAGGCACACACCUGUCUAUAUAAGGUCCCACAGUUGACAGUGCAUGUCAGAGCAAAAAUCAGGUCGAAGGAAUUGUCCGUAGAGCUCCGAGACAGGAUUGUGUCGAGGCACAGAUCUGGGGAAGGGUACCAAAAAAUGUCUGCAUUAUUGAAGGUCCCCAAGAACACAGUGGCCUCCAUCAUUCUUAAAUGGAAUAAGUUUGGAACCACCAACACUUUUCCUAAAAGCACCUAUAGGACUCGCAGACCAUGAGAAACAAGAUUCUCUGGUCUGAUGAAACCAAGAUUGAACUCUUUGGCCUGAAUGCCAAGCGUCACGUCUGGAGGAAACCUGGCACCAUCCCUACGGUGAAGCAUGGUGGUGGCAGCAAAAUGCGGUGGGGAUGUUUUUCAGUGGCAGGGACUGAGAAAUGGCAGAGCGAUUUCUACAUAGUGCAUCUUUAACAAGCUAGUUGAUUAGCUAACAUUAGCCAACUAGCUAUACAUUUAGCUUGUUGCGAACCAGCAAACCAGGCUGUCAUUUAGCGAACCAGCAAACCAGGCUGUCAUCUUGUGAAAGCCAGUGGAUUUAAAGAAUCUAGCUAGCUAGCAUUUACUGCCAAUUUAAUGUGCAAUUAUGUAAGCUUGCUUUGCAAUUCAUCAAAAAAUAUUUCAGUCAAUCACUUGUCAUUGAUCUUUACUGUAGUAACGUAAUGAAACCAUUAGAGAUUGAAGAUAUUUGCCAAUGCAAGUAACGUAGCAGUAGUUAACAAUUUUCUUGCUUAUUGUGUAGUGGAGGAUCAAAGCACCUGUAUGCUGGACGUGUAGCUAUGAAGCCGAUCUGUGUAUGGACCCUAAAACGUUCAGAACAGUGGUUUUUAUUGUUCUAGUUACAAUGCUUCCACUGGUAAUGACUGAGUGAAGGAAAUGUGACUGUUACAUGUCAAACUGCAAUGUAAUGAAAGUCCAUCUUCAGACCAGUGUGUUGUGAACAACAUUCGCCUCAGCAACAAUAUUGGAAUCAGCGUGUCGCCUUAAAUAAAUGUCCCCCAUUGAAAGUGAUGCAAACUGAUAAAAAUAGUGGAUUCAUGCUACAAUUGGACUAGAUAAUGCUAAACAAGGGUUGAAUGUUAUAUAAAUUCAACAAAAGACAAUAAUGAGUACAUUUGUUGAAAACGCACUGUGGAUGUGUCAGACUUCAGAAUUGCAUUGGGAUCAUACUUAUAUUGCAAUGUACAGCCUUACCUAUGGAUCUUGGCUCCAAGAAAUGGGGUAUCAGCCUAUUCGGUGACCCCCACAGAUUACAAUUCUAAAGAGUUUUCACAAAUAUUAUGGGGCGAUCGGGGAUGGUGCCAUGGGGUUUACAGACAGUAAAUGGUAGUUUAUUAAUGCUUUGCUCUUCAAAACAUCUGUGCAAUCAAAAUGUCUGUGUUUCUUACUCAAAGCUAUCGUCAGUGUCAUUUUGUAAAGCGCUUUUGAAUGUUAUUGGUUUGGCUCCUUAUUUGUGGAAGGUGGAGAAGGUGAAGCGAUAGUAAAAGUGAGUGUGCUUGAAUGACCUCUUCCUCUCGCCAUCUCCUUUUCUCCCCUCAGACGGUGAAGGUCAUGGGCUGUCCUAAGAAGGCAGUGACCUGUACCCAGCCCAGGAGGGUGGCAGCCAUGAGCGUCGCCCUGAGGGUGGCAGACGAGAUGGACGUCAUGCUGGGCAAGGAGGUGGGUUACUCGAUUCAAGGACUGCAGCUCGGCCAAGACCUUCCUCAAAUAAGGGCUAGUCUACUGAAGCCAAAAACUGGGGUUGUUCAGUGGGGGCGCAUCGUAGCAAUACAUUUUGCAAUGGAAAACCAAGAUGAGCGUUCUUAUUUGUAUUUAUUAUGGAUCCCCAUUAGUUCCUGCCAAGGCAGCAGCUAUUCUUCCUGAGGUCCAGCAAAAUUAAGGUUCAUAAAGUUUUAAAAACAUUACAAUACACUGUGUGCCCUCAGGCCCGUACUCCACCACUACCACAUAUCUACAGUACAAAAAUCCAUGUGUAUGUGUGUGUAUAGUGCGUAUGUUAUCAUGUGUGUGUAUGCAUGUGUCUGUGCCUAUGUUUGUGUUGCUUCACAGUCCCCGCUGUUCCAUAAGGUGUUUUUUAUCUGUUUUUUAAAUCUAACUUUACUACUUGCAUCAGUUACCUGAUGUGGAAUAGAGUUCCAUGUAGUCAUGGCUCUAUGUAGUACUGUGCGCCUCACAUUGUCUGUUCUGGACUUGGGGACUGUGAAGAGACCUCGGGUGGCAUGUCUUGUGGGGUAUGCAUGGGUGACCGAGCUGUGCGCCAGUAGCUCAAACAGACAGCUCGGUGCACCCAACAUGUCAACACCUCUCAUAAACACAAGUAGUGAUGAAGUCAAUCUCUCCUCUACUUUGAGCCAGGAGAGAUCGACAUGCAUAUUAUUAAUAUUAGCUCUCUGUGUACAUCCAAGGGCCAGCCGUGCUGCCCUCUUCUGAGCCAAUUGCAAUUUUCCUAAGUCCUUUUUUGUGGCACCUGACCACACGACUGAACAGUAGUCCAGUUGUGACAAAACUAGGGCCUGUAGGACCUGCCUUGUUGAUAGUGCUGUUAAGAAGGUAGAGCAGCGCUUUAUUAUGGACAUACUUCUCCCCAUCUUAGCUACUGUUGUAUCAAUAUGUUUUGACCAUGACAGUUUACAAUCCAGGGUUACUCAAAGCAGUUUAGUCACCUCAACUUGCUUAAUUAUUGGAGAAGUUCAGGUAGCACCUCCCAGUCUUGUCUCUCUGUUAGCAAAAAAGUUAGAUUCUAAAUAUCCUUUACAAGAGAGACCUGGUUAAUAUAGCAGUACACAGUAGUUAAGUUGUUUGAUUAAAAUGUCCACUUUAAAGACUUAUCCGUUGUGUUUUCUCCCUUGUUGCAGGUACAUGACAGAUGGUAUGUUGCUGUGGGAGGCCAUGAACAACCCCCUGCUGGUGCGCUACGGCGUCAUCAUCCUGGAUGAGGCCCAUGAGAGAACACUGGCCACAGACAUCCUCAUGGGCGUCCUCAAAGAGGUGGUCCGGCAGAAGUCCGACCUCGAGGUCAAACCUCCAUACCCCUGGGGGCAAUGUACUGAACGUUGCGGGUAUAAAUGUCCCGAAUAGAGCUGACCUGAUUUGUACUUGUCAGAGGAACAUAUAAGUCCUACGUGAUUUUUCUAACUUUGUGCCCCACUGAAAGCGAUCGUAACUUUGUGCCCCACUGAAAGCGAUCUGGGCUUUCACGCAUGUGUCUGCUGAAUGGAACCCUGGCCUAGCCAACAGCUCCCACUCGCCAGUCUACAUUCCACAGCGUCUCAUAGAGUUCUUUACUUCCUCUGGCUGUACUGUCUGAUCCUACUGGCUUCUCUCCUGCCUUUGCUACAUGUUACCACACCCGUGCGUCUUUCCUUUGUCCACUCUCCUAGACUCAAUUACUACCUUCCACUAGGUACUCCUGCUCUCUCCUACAUGAGAGCCUGCUUCUCUGCACACACAAUUAUUACUUCCCCUCCCCUGAAAAAUCCUCGGUGGCAGACAAUGUUUGUUUCCCUUACCGUUUCUUCCUCCUCGCCCUCUCAUCUUUUCACCUUUUGCUGACAGUCUCUCUGCGGGCUGACAGCUGCAUGUCUAUUGAGGAAAAGACAAAAGGCAGCCAUUCAGCUCAGAAAUGCACAGCGAGUCCCCUCUGCAGCAGCUCCCUGGGUCAGCCCAUUUUGAGGCAAUCAGCCAAGGAUGGGAGGGGGUUGAGAGCGGGAGGAGACCAGAGGCAUGCAGUUUUUUAUAGGCUGAAUGUGCCGGACACAAUUCUCAUAAAGCAGAUGGAUAAUGGCUAGUUGUUGUCGGGGAUGGUAUUGAAGAUUAUACAUGAGAUAAGGGACCGUUAAAUAAGGUCUAGGUUACUGGCAACCAUCCUCCCGGCUCGACCUCGCUCACGUCCCUCUGCCCCCCUCUCCCAAAUUUGAAGUUUAAUUUGCCUUGAUUAAGAGCAAUUAUGUCUCGCGGUGCAUAAAGCGAAAUGGUGGUGAGACGGUGGGCCGAAGUAUUUGAGCGAAAAUGGAAGAGCAGAGAGGCGCGCCGCCUCCCAUCAGGAUCCUAAUGUGCUUCUGAUCUAAUGGGCCUUGGGGAGAACAUGGUGUGCCCAGAGACUUAUUCAGGCGUUGAGCGUCAUGAUCCUCAUGGGUCAGGGGUUCUGUCCUCCUGUGAUAUAUCCACCAUCUUGGCUCCUCUCACUUGGCCAGUGUCCAAUCUACUCCCUCUUUCUGGCUAACACUAUCUAUGAUCUGUUCCAUCUACUAGGCCUAUACUGAAUAAUUUCAUCAGUCACCUGCGUCGACUGUCACUCUUAACAACCCUGUGGUGAGACUACACCAGACCAUUCCAACUUCUAAUACCUCUUAUCUACCUGCACCAUACUAAUGUCACUCUCCCAUGCCUAUCUGUCAGCUCUUCCCUCCUGCUCUGAGCUGCUGUUUCUGAUUGGCCCUUAGGCACUGAUCUAAGAUAAAGCUAAUCCUUACCUGAACCAUUAGGAGCGAACUACAAUCUUGUACUCCGAUCUGUGUUUAGGGGUGACCAUUUUCUCUUCCCAGUCCACGUCUCACUAUCUUCUCUCCUUGUUCCCUCGUCUCGUCUGGUCAGGUCAUCGUCAUGAGCGCCACACUGGACGCCGGCAAGUUCCAAGUCUACUUUGACAGCUGUCUGCUGCUGACCAGCCUGAGAGGGACUACCUGGAGGCAGCCAUCCGGACGGUCAUCCAGACCUCUUCCUCACCAGACACGAGGUAGGCCGAUUUGACACUUUUUACAAUUAGUUUGUAUUUAGCAGGAAUCAUGAUGCAAAGUAAUAUACUCAUACACAGUGUGUUUCUACUGCUACCUAACGGUGUUCCGUACACAUUUUGCGUAACCGGAGCAUUCAAACGAGGCUGCAAUGAAAACUAAUGGCAAUGUAUUGACUGUGUUGGCAUCAAAAUCCGGGGUGUAAGCUACGUUUCUAUUCAAGCGUUGAUUGACAUGGUAAUGGACCCAAUAGUAUUUGAAAAAUAUGAAAAAACGGGCCCCUCGGACGCUGUACGUUACAUCGUGACGUGUCAUGACGUAACGUAUGGCACGCAUUAUGCAACUCAUUGUGUUCCGUACCGCGUCUUUCCACCAGGGGUAGCGGUUCUCUCGCAGAUUAAAAACAUGCUUAACCAUAUACACCUGUAAGAAACCUUCAUUAUUCAUGAUUUUCGUUUAAAUUAGCAUUAGUAUUAAUAUUAUUAUGGCUAAUAUUAAACACAUUUUAAUGAGUAGGGUGCUAAUAGCAAUGUGGUCAUCUAUAACACAAACACCGAAUCAAUAAUGAAUUGCAUAAGACUUUGAUGUGCAGAUUCUUAAAAGAAUACCACCGCGCCAACCUCUGAUCUGCAUUUACACAAGCAAACCCGUCAACUGCUGACAAAGAGCUUACGUUUUUUGCUCUCGCGUUUGCUGUGUUAACGUUUUGAAAUACGUUUGCUGUGCCAACCGAUUCACAAGAGCUGUGUGUUUUAAUAAUUGCGAAAUCUCAUGUGCGCAAUAACACGUGUAAAUAACGCAUGUCCUAAAUUCUCACGUGUGCUAUCUAUUAAAGUCGUUUGCAAAUGAAAUGCUCUAACCCAAAUUGAGACGCGACAUUCCUGAAUACCACUCGUUCUGCUCUUAAUACUGAAGGUGAAGACAAUGAACGGGACUCCCUAAAAGACUGCAUGUCACCAAACUGCAAUAGUUGUGAACUAUGUGGAAUGUUUUUGGACCAUUGGCUUCCCUGUAAACAGGUACUGACAGGAGGCACGAGCCACCUCCCUCAGGCUCCUCCCUGCCUUCACCUCCUCGUUAGCAGCCUGUAGCUGUUCAGGGGUGUAGCGGUGCCGUUUCUUGGGCUCUUGUUGGGCUUUUCCAUUUCCAGACAUUUCCUGUCAUAAUACAAUUACUCUUUUAAUUUUUUAUUUUGUGUUCAUGCAACAUAAUUUAUUAAGAUUGUGCCAAGGAAAUGGGCUCACAAAUGUGGAUAUCAUUUCCAUGUAAUCCAACAUAACAGUAUUGCAUAUUUCAUGGAAAGAGCAGGUGUUCAUGUACACUCAGUGUGUAUGAUGGAGUUGGUGUUACAACUGUUGUUAGUUAUAUUUCUUUUUUAUAUUAAUAUUGUUGCUUUAUUCAGUAAUGUUGUAACGUUAAGUAGUUUAUAGAAGUAUUUCUCUCGUGCUAUUGGAAGUUAUAAUAUUAACCCUAAUCAUUCUCAUGCUUUGUUCAUUAACAUUAUAUAAAGUAACAUUCUAUUCCUUCAUCUCUCUCUUUGAACAGAAUCACAUCCAUCGACUCUGAAAAUAAAGUUCCCUACUUUGUGUAACUCAUAUAUUUAACGAUAUUUAUUUAUUUAUCAAGACAUUAUCAAUGGUGAGUGUAAAGUUAAUUACUCAUGAGUUCAUCAAUAGUUAAUUCAAUCAAUAGUUAAUUUUUCGCGUCAUUACUGCGCGCCAUCAUGACUCUCAAAAGCCAUGACAGCCGCAGUUUACUUGUGAAGAUAACGUUAGCGCCACCCUAAAACCCCUAUUCAAAUUACACACAAACCUUCAAAUCGGUAUGUAAUGAGACAUUAUAUCAACUCUUUAUAGUGUUUUAUUGACAUUUUAGAGGUGAUGAAAGCCGUUUACCCACACGACAUCGAUCGCUUUCACUAUCGCUCAGUAGCCUUCGCUUCCCCCUCCGUCAUUUUUAAAAGAUCCAGCGGAGCUCAAUUGCCUUCUUCAAUCAUGCAGAGACGGGCAGCGUGGAGGUCUCGCCGUUGAUUUUGCUGGAAAGGGGAGAAAUUGUGCUUUACAAUUAAAUAUUAAUAUUACAGUUGACCUGGAAGUAUUAAAAAAAUGUGGCGCUAAAAUGAGGUCAAGUGUAUGGAACACUGUGGUGUACGGAAUACUGUUUGGUAGUAGUACUAUACAAAUGCACAUAAACAUUGUGUGCAGAGCUAAUGAUGUGCAUAUACAGACAGACACACAGACACACACAGACAUAUACACUACACACACACAGAUACACACACCAACUCACCGAUUGUCCCAUUGUGUUGUACUCACACACAUUGUACUCAUUGUCACCAUUCCAGCUUUCCAAAGAGACACACACACACACACACACACACACACACACACACACACACACACACACAACCAAGAUGAUCAAUGCUUAGAUUGAUAGAUAUUUCAUGCAUGCAACCUCGCCUGUUUGGAACCUACCAGGUUGAAGAGAAAAAAGACAGAAAGUGACCCAGAUUCUGCCCUCCUCAUGAAUCCCUGAAAUUAAGUCAUUUAUUAUUUUUUUCGCUCCUGCAAAUGUUGUGCACUGAUGUGUAAUGGAGGGCGAGGUUCAUGGCCAAAAUGAUUAAUUUAACCCAUCAGAGUCUAAACCCUGUCUAAGCGAGUGGAGGGGAGGGGUUCUACUAAGCUAUAUGGAAUUGUUUUAAGAAGGUCAUACCAAGGAUAAUUUAGCUAUUUGAAUUUUAAGACCCCUUGAAGUAUCAGAAAAUAUGUAAAAAAUAUUGAUGAAAGAUUAUUAUUGGCCUCACUGCUAUUAGCCCAUACAAACGCAUUGAAUAACAGAUUCUCUCCUAUAUCUGAGAGAUAAGCGAAAGAUCCAGAAUAUUUAUUUAAAAAAAAUAUUUUACAUGUAUUUAACCUGAUAUUUUUUACAUUAAACAGUCUCCAUAUAUACAGUCGUGGUCAAAAGUUUUGAGAAUGACACAAGUAUUUGUCUUCACAAAGUUUGCUGCUUCAGUGUUUUUUUUUAUAUUUUUGUCAGAUGUUACUAUGGUAUACUGAAGUAUAAUUACAAGCAUUCUAUAAGUGUCAAAGGCUUUUAUUGACAAUUACAUUAAGUUUAUGCAAAGAGUUAAUAUUUGCAGUGUUGACCCUUCUUUUUCAAGACCUCUGCAAUCCGCCCUGGCAUGCUGUCAAUUAACUUCUGGGCCACAUCCUGACUGAUGGCAGCCCAUUCUUGCAUAAUCAAUGCUUGGAGUUUGUCAGAAUUUGUGGGUUUUUGUUUGUCCACCCGCCUCUUGAGGAUUGACCACAAGUUCUCAAUGGGAUUAAGGUCUGGGGAGUUUCCUGGCCAUGGACCCAAAAUGUAGAUGUUUUGUUCCCCGAGCCACUUAGUUAUCACUUUUGCCUUAUUGCAAGGUCCUCCAUCAUGCUGGAAAAGGCAUUGUUCGUCACCAAACUGUUCUUGGAUGGUUGGGAGAAGUUGCUCUCGGAGGAUGUGUUGGUACCAUUCUUUAUUCAUGGCUGUGUUCUUAGGUAAAAUUGUGAGUGAGCCCACUCCCUUGGCUGAGAAGCAACCCCACACAUGAAUGGUCUCAGGAUGCUUUACUGUUGGCAUGACACAGGACUGAUGGUAGCGCUCACCUUGUCUUCUCCGGACAAGCUUUUUUCCGGAUGCCCCAAACAAUCGGAAAGGGGAUUCAUCAGAGAAAAUGACUUUACCCCAGUCCUCAGCAGUCCAAUCCCUAUACCUUUUGUAGAAUAUCAGUCUGUCCCUGAUGUUUUUCCUGGAGAGAAGUGGCUUCCUCGCUGCCCUUACUGACACCAGGCCAUCCUCCAAACGUCUUCGCCUCACUGUGCGUGCAGAUGCACUCACACCUGCCUGCUGCAUUCCUGAGCAAGCUCUGCACUGGUGGUGCCCCGAUCCCGCAGCUGAAUCAACUUUAGGAGACGGUCCUGGCGCUUGCUGGACUUUCUUGGGCGCCCUGAGGCCUUCUUCACAACAAUUGAACCUCUCUCCUUGAAGUUCUUGAUGAUCCGAUAAAUGGUUGAUUUAGGUGCAAUCUUCCUAGCAGCAAUAUCCUUGCCUGUGAAGCCCUUUUUGUGCAAAGCAAUGAUGACUGUAUGGGUUUCCUUGCAGGUAACCAUGGUUAACAGAGGAAGAACAAUGAUUUCAAGCACCACCCUCCUUUUAAAGCUUCCAGUCUGUUAUUCGAAACUCAAUCAGCAUGACAGAGUAAUCUCCAGCCUUGUCCUCGUCAACACUCACCUGUGUUAACGAGAGAAUCACUGACAUGAUGUCAACUGGUCCUUUUGUGGCAGGGCUGAAACGCAGUGGAAUCUUUUUUGGGAUUAAGUUCAUUUUCAUCGCAAAGAGGGACUUUGCAAUUCAUCUGAUCACUCUUCAUAACAUUCUGGAGUAUAUGCAAAUUGCCAUCAUAAAAACUGAGGCAGCAGACUUUGUGAAAAUUCAUAUUUGUCAUUCUCAACUUUUGACCACGACUGUACUUCGAUAAAUCUUUUCAACUGGUACAGUGCUGGAAUGCUUUUCCAACAGUCUUGAAGGAGUUCCCACAUAUGCUGAGCACUUGUUGGCUGCUUUUCCUUCACUUUGCGGUCCGACUUAUCCCAAACCAUCUCAAUUUGGUUGAGGUCGGGGGAUUGUGGAGGCCAGGUCAUCUGAUGCAGCACUCCAUCACUCGCCUUCUUGGUAAAAUAGCCCUUACACAGCCUGGAGGUGUGUUGGGUCAUUGUCCUGUUGAAAAACAAAUGAUAGUCCCACUAAACCCAAACCAGAUGGGAUGGCGUAUCGCUGCAGAAUGCUGUGGUAGCCAUGCUGGUUAAGUGUGCCUUGAAUUCUAAAUAAAUCACAGACAGUGUCACCAGCAAAGCACCCCCACACCAUAACACCACCUCCUCCAUGCUUUACAGUGGGAAAUACACAUGCGGAGAUCAUUCGUUCACCCACACCACGUCUCACAAAGACACGGCGGUUGGAACCAAAAAUCUCAAAUUUGGACUCCAGACCAAAGGACAUCUUUCCACCGGUCUAAUGUCCAUUGCUCGUGUUUCUUGGCCCAAGCAAUAGUUUGUAGGCCAAACCGUUCAGACGCUACAGACGAGAAGACCUGUUUGUGAGAAGACCGGUUUUCUGGAUGUUUCAUAAUCUGACAAACACCGCUCUAUCUCUGUCACCUUUCACCGCAGAUGUGGAAGUGCGACAUCGACGGAUGUGGUGGAUUGAGACAAAAAACAGAUAUCUAGCUUAAACUGACUGAUUUUAGAUGGGGAUUUUUGUGUUAUGCUAAUUAGAUUUACGCGGGGCACGGACAUUAACAUUAGGUUAAUCACAGCUGGUCGGGCACACUUCUGCCUGCCUUCCCCCAGAAACGUCUGUCUGCCUCUCAGAUCAUGAGUGGGAGAGGCAGCCUGUCUCAGGGCUCAGCACUGCUGCAGCGCCACACUAUUAUUCUCACUAUUCUCUUCCUAUGUACGAGUGUGGUUUGUAUGAACGCAACCCCAGACUGAGUUCAAGACCGAGCUUGACUGUUAAUGUGCCUGGAGCUCUUCAUUUUGAAUGUAUGGAUUUUGGUCCAGAUUGUGCUUGUGCUUCUCCCUCGCGUUAGAGCCGAGUCACCAUCCAGCCAUCUUCAAAAUGAAAUCAUAUCCGCCAAGCACCCAGCCAAUCAGAUAAUGUGACGGCCUAUUCAUUAACGGUGGUCAUUCGUCAUUCAUCGGCCAGGUGGGACAGCGCUACCGCGCACCUACAUCUGUUUUCAUUUGCCGAUGCCUGAUCGAUGCCUGGCUGUCCCAGAGGAGCAUUGUAUUUGAAGUGGUCUCCUUCCAGUCACUCUGGCGGCCAGGGAACGGCAUUUGCCUCCCCUAUUUGAAUGUGCAGAGGAGACGAGAAGCUUGUGUUAAACAUUGUUUGGAGGUGGACGUCUUUUGAUGAGUAUCCCCCUUCUGUCACACCUCCCAGCUCGAUAAUUCUGAAUGUCAAGCUGCCGAGGCAAAACAGUACAGUCAGAGAACACUCCCACGGCGACUUCAUUAACACUCCUAAUUAGGUUAAAGAAGUUAAUGUGAGGUUGGUCUGGAGAAGAUGGGUAUUCAAAGGAGCGUAUCUUAACCUCUCUAGUGUCCCCGCAACUUUGAUGUCUUCUAAUGAUCGGGGACGCAGAUCUGCUGCAAAGCGCAGACCAUUUUUAUAUGGCUUUGAGAUGAAGCCGUUUUAAUUCAUGGCAAAUGAAAACCAAAGGGGGCGGGAUUCCCUCCCUCCCUCCCUCCUUCCCCCAAGUAUUUGGGGGAUAUUUCCCUGCCACAAACCAUUAAAAACAAACAGACACAAACUCCCCAUAAAAGAGAGGCAAAGCUUAUCACAGCUGCCUCGCCCUGAUAAGCCUUACCAUUUAAGCUGCCCUUCAGCGGUUCACUUCAAAAUGUAAAGAUACGCCCAGGACUCAGCUAAUUAAGUGGACUGUGGCGAGUGCCUAAUUGCAUCUGGUUAGGUGCCUGGCGCCCAACCGCAUCGCUUCUGGGGUCGCGGGGGCCAGCUGGUGGACAGGUUCCCACCAUUGGCCGUCCGCCCCACUGCACGUGCUCCAUUUCCCUUCAGACACGGGCGCACCAGCAACGGCGUCCAUUUUUAAUGACAGCUGCUGUAUCCAGAGGGUUGAUGGUCUAUUAAUACCCAGGCUAAUUUUAUCAAUCCAUUCAUAUUUACUAUUUUCCACUCUAACUUGUCAAAGUGUUGAUUAGGAGGUACGUAGCCAUCGGUGGGAUGUAUUUGACUUGUGCAGUGAGUGAACACAGCAGGGAAAAAUUGGGCUAGGAAUGCAUUACUGUCUGCAAACACACAGAGGUUGCCUAUGUUUUUGUGUUGUAUUCAACCAGGGCAAAGCCUUGCCUUGCCUGAGUAAAGUAAAUGCCCCAUAAAGAGUAAACGCAAGGACAAAGGAGGGCAGUCCGUUUGCUGGGUAGCUGUAGGUUGCAGUCAGUGUCACAUUGUGGCCUUGGCAUGACUGUAUCAAAAAUGGUUCCCUUCAUUUCAGAAUACACCAAGCCAAUACCCCUUUCUGCCCCAGCCCCCUUCUCCUUCGUACUCCAAUAAAACAUGAUUUGAAGCUGUAACUCAUUCCACGGAGGGCUGAGUGUCUGCGGGUUUUCGCUCCUCCCUUGUUUCGCUCCUCCCUUGAUUGAUUGAAUUAAGGUCACUAAUUAGUAAAGACCUCCCCUCACCUGGUUGUCUAGGUCUUAAUUGAAAGGAAAAACCAAAAACUCAGACACUAGGCCUUCCAUGGAAUGAGUUUGAGUGCUAAUUUAUUUGUGUCACGUGACACCCCCAGCCAACCUAUAGAAAGACCUGCAUUGCUCACUUGUGCCUGAAGGUGGUGCAACAGCAUAGGCUGUGGUCUUUUACCUGUUGGCGUAGGAUACUUGUUUAAGUAGGACAUAAACAUGGACUCAAUCAGGCAGUGGUUAUCGCUUCAGUGCCUUUUCUGGUCUUUCAUAGCUAACAUUGUCCAAUGUCUGGAGAUGGAAAAAAGUCAAGCGUGGACAUUGCAUUCCAGGAAUUAUAGACACUUAUCAGGCUAGCAUGUAGACUAGUCACUUAGCGGCCCGUGGACAUGGUCGAUAGCAAUGUAAUUGUCUUAAAUAUACAUGAGCCGUUUACCGAGUUGAUAUGUUGCAUUUGCUAACGUCACAUUAUGGCGGUCCGUGCCGUGUUGGGUUAUUAUGUUCAGGCUGGCUAGUUCAGUCGGAGACCUAGCCUUGUCUACUGUCAUGUUUUCUUAUUUCCCUGGCUGCUCAGGUCCUCCUCUCCUCUGUCUGCAAGCCCACUGGCUCUAUAAUGUUCAGCUCCACUAAACUGAUCUGCCAUGAUUUGCCGCUGGUUUAUGCAUCAGUGCAGCGUCCACAUUUCUCCUACAAUAUUGCGGUAUGGAAUAAUGAACCGUGUGUGUGUGUGUAUAACCCUGUGUGUGUGUGUUUGGCUGAGUGUGUGUGUGUGUGGUAUCCGUGUUUUCCUGAGUGCUGCAUUUGACAACGGAGCCAUGGGGAGCUCACCCAAGCAUGCGGUAGUCCAGGUUUAAUUUCCUCUGUCAGAUGGAGUGACAGGCAGAACAAAUGUACUGUGGCGGGAACCACCAUCUCCCUUGCCCCUUUCUCCUUUCUACCCCUCCCCUCCUCUACUCUUCAGACAUUCUUCUCCCCUUUCUCUCCUGAUGUUAUUCAGACCAAGCCCCCAGGUGACUGUUUGUGUGCCCAAACGCUGCUGCUCGACAGCCUUCCAUCACCUGCCUGCCCUUUGAAUGAUUCUGCUUCAUCUUUCAGGAAAUAGAUGAGGCCUGCAAGCGCAUCAAGAGGGAAAUCGACGACCUGGGACCCGAUAUGAGGGACAUCAAAAUCAUCCUGCUGUACUCGACGUUGACGCCCCCGCCCCGCAAGCCCAACGGAGCCAUCGGGAGGAAGGUAAAUGCCGCCACUGCUCGAAUCACUCCUCAGAAGCAAUCCCAGCAACUCAAUAGCUCCCUUUCAGAGAGAGAGAGAGAGAGAGAGAGAGAGAGAGAGGAGAGCGAGUGAGAGUUAGAAAGCAAGAGGGCUAAAGAAAGCGAGAAAUGGAGAGAUGCAGAGAGACUUGACAAGGGAAGUAUGUGGGUGGAUAUGGAGAGGGUUGGGAGGGGGGGGGUUGAAAAAGUUUUUUUUCCCCUUUCAGCUUUGGUGCAGGACUGACUCACACACCAUAUGCUGCUUUUGUCAGCAUACGAUUCCCUGCUCUAAAUUAUAACUUGGGUGGAUAUUACUCAUGCCCUCCGCGCCUAAGGAAAGCAUCGGAGCCGCUGUCUUUUUACCUCUUCACCUCUGUUGGUUUUGCACAGCUUCUCUCGCUCUCUCUGAAAACAUCUGGUCUUCUCAGUGCCAGGGUAAGGCAGCAUGCAUUACCGGAUCAGGAAAAAAAAAAUACGUUGCUCAUCUACAAUAUAUGGGUUAGCUGACAACGUCAUGAAAACGAUGCGCACCCUUUAAUGGGGCAGAAGGCCGUGUGUUGUUGUGAUUCUGGAUGGCUAGAUAGAUAGCAACAAUGACAAGAAGCUGACGUGGGGAAUCGUAGGUGGCUCGUUUCAGCUAGCUUUAUCUUCUUCUUCAUACCAUGUCUGUUUUGAGGAGAUUUGACUGUCACGUCUAUGCUAAUAUGGCAAAAAUUCGCUAUCUACCAAACCAACAACUGUAACGAUGUAUUUCAGAGACAAGUGUUCAUUGUGCACAUUUAUUUAUGUUUUCAAUAAACAUUAGAGACUAAAUAUAGUUUACAUGUUGUCAACAAUCUAAGCCAGUGUUUCCCAACUCCGGUGCUCUAGUAUCCGCAACAGAACACAUUUUUGUUGUAGCCCCGGACGAAGAACACCUGAUCUAAGCCAACCCCGUCUGUUUUGCUCCAUAGUUGUGCACCUGUCGGUUUUGUUGCUAAACAACCAACCUGUCUAUAGAAUGUGUGAACAUUGCUCUCCUCUUGUUCCCUUGUCCUGAACUGGUCCCACAGAGCAAUGGACGGCCCUUCGUCUUCGUGUUUCUGUAAUUAAUACGGACCGCAAACACGUCCAGCGUUUUGUUUAUAGCUCGGCGUUCAAACAGGCGCGCUAUAAUCACAGCAGGGGAACCACCUGGACGGCCACGGCGUUGGCAAGGAUUCUGACGGAAUAUCAAAACCCCGUCACACCGCCAGUAAAUUUGCAAACAUUUGCCCCAACAUCUGACGGGGAUUUGAUGAAUGACUCAUCGUGUGCUGCCUCUAUGGAGCCCAGAAAGAUUAUUGAUGACUUAUUUGGAAUAAUGAAGUCACCGCUCGAGAACGUUUUUUUCUUAUUUUUUCCCACUGAGUCAUUCACAAUGUUUAACGCCUAGCCUAGCCAGGAUGCUGUCAUCACCUUUCUACCACUGUGGUUUGAUCCACAGCGUUUUGACAGGCCCCUCUUUUCCUGUUGUACGAGACGAGGCGGGUGAAACGCUCGCUCCGGCCUCCCUCGCUACACCUCGCUCCCCCUCCCCCUCCCAGUGUGGCAGCAUUUCAUCUCUCUCCUCCAAUGCUGUGUGUGUGUGUGUUGUGUGUUUAAAGGAAGCUCAACAUUCUCAACAGUUUGAUUAGCCUAAGCCGGGCCGGGGAUCUUUUCCAAAGUUCAAACAUCAUCCCCGUGUUUGCUCUCGCUGUUUAAAGGAUGUUGACAUGAAAGAGGGGCACGGGUAUCACAGGAAGUGGUUUGGAUACCGCCUGGUCCCAGGAGACGCCACCUCCACGUCUUAA